AUGCGGUACAAUCAUAGCUCAUUACUCUUUCUCGGGGAUGAUACUUCCCUCCAGAAGGAAGCAGAAUUGGCCAAGAGACUGGUUCAUAUAGACUUUCCAGUAUGAAUUUCUUUCUGUCAGUUUUUAUUCAAGGAUCAUUUGCCUAUUAGGAAUGCACUACCAAAAAAGGUUUGAAAACUUGAAGCCCUGCCAACCGUGAAUUUGGCAGUGCACUCAAGCACACCCAAAACAACCUUUUGAUUCUGUGUAUGGUAUAUAUGAUGAUCACUGUUCAGUAUUUUGAUUGUGUUGUGGUUUUUUAGGUCGUAUUGUUCGAAGGUUGGAUGCUUGGUUUCAAACGUCUACCAAACGAAGUCGUCAAAGCAGUUGACCCACAGCUGGAUAUCAUAAAUAAAAAACUUAAAGCUUAUUAUGAUGCAUGGGAUAAGUUCGUACAGUCGUGGAUAAUUAUCAAGAUCAAGGACCCAAGUUGCGUCUUUCGGUGGUGGUUGAAGGCCGAGGUUGCUAUGAGGGCGGAGGGCAAACCUGGUAUGUCUGAUGAAGAGGAUAUGGGCUUCUCUUUGUUUGAUUAAGCGGUCUUUGGAUUCAUAUUGAUAUGUAGGACUAUGGAGUUUCAUUCAGUUAGAGAAUAUCAGCUAAAAGAUUAGUUACUGCAUGAGUUUUUUCUAUUUGGAUUUUCCCAUACAGGUUUUGGAAUGUUGGAUUUUCCCAUAUGGGUUUUGGAAGAUGGGUGUGAAUCACUCCCUAUGUUUAUAUUCUAUUAUUCUUUUUUUGUAUUAGUUUAGUUGGGUAUAUGGGUUUGUAAGCCAUGAAGUCUUUAUCUGUAUUAGCUUAGAUGAGUGAUCAGGCAGGGCAUGUACUAGCAAUGGU